AUCCUCUGACUAUUCAGGAGUUAAUAACGGGAAGAGGACAUAUUUUUCUCACUGCUCGCUUGAUAGAAACAGAAAAGUAGGUCUGCGUUCCGGUGCAGAAUGAAGCGUUCCGAAAGGGCACCCGACCCCGUGCAGCAGACACGGUGGAUGACACAUUAUCGGUGAUUUUUCGCCUAAAAGUAGAUGGAAUGUAACCUUGACCUCACACACUAACGGGGAAGAUGAGUUGUGCUUUUUCUCAAUGUCUCAUCGUAUAUAUUUUGGAUUUAGCAGUUGGCUAUUUAACGGUCACUCUUGAGUCCCUCCCUCCCAUUGUCAUUGGAGACACGGUGACACUCAAGUGCAAUUUCAGGACAGAUGGCAACCUGCGAGAGAUUGUGUGGUUUCGGGUGACAGAGGGUGGCAGUGCCAAGCAGAAGAUCUUCACCUACGAUGCCAUGUACAACAGCAACUUCUCCCAUAUGGAGGACUUCCGCAGACGAGAAGACCUGGUCUACCAAUCAACUGUCCGGCUUCCUGAGGUGCAGAUGGAAGAUGAUGGACCAUAUGAGUGCCAUGUGGGGAUCUACGACAAGGCCUCUAGAGACAGGGUGGUCUUAGCCUCAGGCACCAUUGUGCUCACUGUCAUGGUGCCUCCUAAAUCCAUCUCUGUAGUGGCAGCAGACUGCCCGGCCCCCUUCAAUCGCUACGAGGCCCAGAACUUCACUCUAAUCUGCAUCGUCAUGGGAGGAAAGCCAGCCCCUAUGGUGUACUUCAAGCGUGACAGCGAGCUGAUCGACGUGUUCCCCUCUAUUAUGGAGGGUGGUGGGGGCCAGUCCCAGGGAAGGGGCCUGGCAGGUCUACGGGGCUCUAGGCCCCUGAUCAGCAGAGAUCUGGAUGACACCAAGCUGAAGAAGUCCCUCUCCCUGCUGGACCAGGACCAGGGGAAGCCCCCCCAUCUGGACCAUGACACCCCUGGGACCAGAGGGACAGGGAAGACAGGAGGGGCCGGGGAGGGACCAGGGGCCCUGGGAGAGCGUGGCGGUGUGGAGGGGUCUGAGCCCAGCCCCACCACCACGGAGGUGAUCCCAGAGACGGUGGUAAGCCGGGAGUUCCCCCGCUGGGUACAGAGCACAGACCCACUCUACUACUUCCAGCACAGGCGGCAGGUCUCCAGCGAUGGCACCAUGGAGGUCAGAGCCAUGCUCACCUGGAGCCUCAACCCCCAACUGGACAACGACGCCCUGUUCAGCUGCGAGGUCAAGCAUCCAGCUCUGUCCAUGCCCAUGCAGGCUGAGGUCACUCUGUCUGCUCCCAGGGGCCCCAAACUCUCCAUGUCGCCUGGUAAGGCUAAAGUAGGAGACACUGUCCGCAUUACAGUUCAGGGCCUCCAGAUCUCUUCCACAGGGAAUAUGGUGUUCCCCGAGCCACUGUUCACCUGGACCAGGGUGGGAGGUAAUUUGCUGGACGGGAGAGAGGACCAUAAUGGGAGGGAGCUGGUGCUUGAGAGAGUACCAGCCGAGCUCAACGGCUCCAUGUUCCGAUGCACUGCCCAGAACCCUCUGGGAUCCACUGACACACACACGCGGCUCAUCGUGUUUGAAAACCCAAGACUUAAGAAGGGGAGACAACAUUUUGUCGCAGAUGCAGCCUAUUGCAAUGAGGCACUGGAGCUGACCACCAUGCUGUUAAUGUUAGCCGUGACAUGGGAGAUGACGUGAACAGCUAAAUGGACCCCUGCCCUUCUCCAGUCUCACUAGUCUCUUGAGUUUCUCCUCUGUCGCUCACUUCCCCAUCUGCAGUUCCAGCUACUGGAGCUGAGGCACUGUUCUCUUUUCAUAAAAGCAGCUUAGGAAAAGAAAAACAUUGUCAGAAAGAAGAUGAGAACUACAUACAUUCUAACUCUCUAGGCUUUUAUGUUGUCAUUCUGCCUGCCUAACUGCUUCUUCCCUUUUGGUUUUUUCAACAUCCAAUGACCAACUAUCACAGUGGUUAUGUUUUAUAGUAGACCCCAACCUGUGUUAGAGGUAAUUUUAACCAAGUUUAUGUGGGCUGGCCCACAUUAGAUGCUUUUUCCCCAUCUUCCUGUUAUUUGAAGGUCAGAACACAUACAUUAUGACAUGUUUUGACAUAUCUUGGUCAGCAAGUCCUUGGAUAAAAUAAAUGUUUGGUUGGAAGAAAUGUCCUUGAAAUGUAUUUUU